UGAGACAGCCCUCCAGCAGACUAUAUGGGAGACGUCAUCACACCUCCAAUGUGGAUACAUCCACGCACCGUACUGCGAAGCUGAUUCAUUCGUCACGUGUCCUGGAUUGGGGAUUCAGCAAGAGUAACUCCAGCUCGUAAAUUAUAGUGCGAAAUUCAUAAAGAUCUCCAUCGCCUGUCUGCAUUCCGAAAAAGGAGAUGGCGAAUCCGCUCGAUGAUGUCGUGGAGAUGCAAGACUUGAAAAAAUUUGAGGCACAAUACCAUCAACAACUGGAAACUGGGAGAGUAGAAGAGCAGACACAGUGGGAAUAUGCCUUCUGCCUUGUGAGAUCACCGUAUGCAGCUGAUAUCCGCAAGGGUUGCAUCUUGUUGGAGGAUCUCUAUAGCCGAGGGGAUGGUCCAACUCGAAGGGACUACAUCUAUUACCUGGCAGUUGGGAAUGCGAAGCUGAAGGAAUACAAGGAUGCACUGAAAUAUGUACAGGCUCUUCUGGCAGCAGAGCCAAGUAAUCCACAAGCCAAGGAACUAGAAGCUCUAAUCAGGAAGAAUAUGGAGAAAGAGGGACUGAAGGGCAUGGCAGUUGCAGGAGGAGCAAUCCUUGGUCUUGGGGCCUUGAUUGGACUUGGCAUUGCUCUUGCUCGGAAAUGAGGUCCUGGAGUGUCUGUGAACACCUGUUUCAAAUUAUAGCAGUGCUACCAGUUUCUGUAAAACUGUGUUAUGGUUGUCAGAGAGGUGGGGAACUUCUUCCCUUAAGGAAUCCAUUUUGUUGAGAGUCAACCAAAUUGCCAUGAGGGAGGUUAUUUAUCUUAGCAUCUGCGGCACUGGUAGACUAUUUCUCUUAUACCUGUUUCUGACUGGAAGACCAGUUCAUUGUGAUGGUGAGUGUUAGAGGUAUUAUUGAAGGAUGAUUGAUGGGGGAAGAGUUAUCUUGGCCCUUAUUCCCCAAAUCUGUGAUUCUUUUCUCUCAUUGCUUUUCCUUGCACCAUAUACCACUUUCUUUUUGCUUGGAAGUUUCAUGUCUUGGUUGGCAUUCUCACUUUAAAAAUACAAAAAAUAAAUGUGAUCCUUGGUUAUGUCAUUAUUGACAAGUUGGAAGAAAAACAAAAUUAGAACUGAAGUAGCUUGGUGCAUGAUUGCUUUCACUAGGUGAUUGCACAACAGCUGAUUUAGCCACAUUGCAUUCUGAUUUCUCAUAAAUCAUGGUGAUUCUGAUGUUCUGGUGCACACUAGGAGCCUCCAGUCAUAGAUGCAGAUAGUUCACUGUGCAGAAAAUGUUGAGAAUGAUUACUCUGUCUAAGAUGUUGUCACAUUGAAGCUUUAGUUUUUCUCACACCCCUCAUCAACCUGGGAUUACAUUGGGAUCAUAAUAUUGAAUCUAGUUCAUGAAACACAAAAACCACAAGGAAUGAAGCAAGCAAGUUAUUUGCAAUGUAAAAGUAAUUCUUUUUCUGAAAUGGUAUUGUUUUUAUUCUACAUGUGUGCAAUAUAUAGUGUGAUAUAUGUGUGGCAUCUAGACAAAAUGGAUCAUGCCAUUUGGCAGCCUUUGCAUCAUAAGUGUUAAAAAAAAAACUAGGAGCAAGUCAUAUUGAAAGCUCAGAAUAUCUGAAACAUGGAAAAGCACAACUAAAUGGGCUAUUAGAAUAGGUCUUACAAUCCUGAGGUCUGUCACCAUCUGCUGGCCAGAGAGAUGCAUUUUUUACUUCAAACCUAUUCAACAGAAAACAAUGCCACCCUCAAUGUGUAUAUGUGCAAACACAAAAUAAUGCAUAGGGGCACUCUAUCCACAUAGAUGGUGGAAUGGGCAAGUUGAGGAAGGGAAAGGUUGAUUAUUUGGAACUUAUUAUAUUUUGUCCCCACCUUUCAGAGGUGAUUUUUUAUGUCUACAGUAGCAUAAAACUGGCCAUAUUCCUAAGUCCCUUCCUUGCUUGGUGGUAAUUUUUUCAAAAUAAAUAAAGUAAUACAUAAGUCAACAGUAUACUAUCUUAGCAGUGAGCAUGAACAAAUUUCCUUAUGCAAAUGAGACAUCUGGCAGCAGACAAAAACAAUUUUUGUUACUCCUAAUCAUGUAAAAGCUUAUAAUCACUGCACACUCAA